AUGCCGCUAGUUGUACCAAUCAAUACACCAAGGGUUAUCCUUGGAUUGAUGACCUUUGGACCGGACGAGUCCAAAGGUGCUCGAAUUACAUCCCUUGACGAAUUCAACAAGUGCCUGGAUUAUCUCCAGUCGCAGGGCUAUAAUGAGGUCGACACGGCGCGAGUCUAUAUCGGAGGACAACAAGAGGCUUUCACGGCACAAGCCAAGUGGAAGGAGCGUGGAUUAACCCUGGCGACGAAAUGGUACCCCCAUAGUCCUGGUACGCAUAAACCUGAUGUUAUCCGCGAGAAUCUCGAGCUGUCCUUGAAGGAACUGGGGACCAACCAAGUGGAUAUCUUCUACCUUCAUGCACCGGACCGAUCCGUGCCCUUUGCCGAAACAUUCGAGGCCGUCAAUGAGCUGCAUAAGGAAGGGAAGUUUGUGGAGCUGGGCCUCAGCAACUACACUGCCUUUGAAGUUGCGGAGAUUGUCACUCUCUGCAACGAAAGAGGGUGGGUGCGACCCACCAUCUACCAGGCAAUGUACAAUGCGAUCACGCGCAACAUCGAAACCGAAUUGAUCCCUGCCUGCAAACGCUACGGGAUUGACAUCGUGAUCUACAACCCGCUUGCUGGUGGUCUGUUUUCUGGCAAGUACAAGACGCACGACAUCCCCACGGAAGGAAGGUAUAGUGACCAGACAUCAUCUGGACUGCUUUACCGCCAGCGUUACUUCAAGGAUGCGACGUUUGACGCUCUGCGCUUGAUCGAGCCGGUCGCUGAGAAGCAUGGCUUGACCAUGCCUGAGAUUGCAUUCCGCUGGGUCCACCACCACUCCGGGCUCAACAUGGAGGAAAAUGGCCGCGAUGGUAUAAUCAUCGGGGUCAGCAGCUUCGCGCAGCUGGAGAGCAACCUCAAAGAUGUCAAGAAGGGUCCCUUGCCCCAGGAAGUUGUCGAUGCGCUUGACCAAGCUUGGCUGGUGGCCAAACCAACCGCACCCAACUACUGGCAUCUUGAUCUGAAGUAUACGUAUGAUACCAAGGAGGCAUUGUUCAAGCCCAAAUCGAAGGCCUAG